AUGGCCAGCGUCGGACUCGGCCCGGCCGCGCCAGAGGGCCACGGCAGAGCCAGCUCCAGCGGCCCAGCCGGCUGCAGCACGAGGACCAGCGUCCUGGGCCCCUCCGCCGCUGGCCAGCGCGCCGCGCCCUUCGUCCCGGCCACAACGUUGCCAUCCCUCUUUGCCCAUCGUAAGCACUACCUGCGCGCCCAGCGCCGGGCCAACCCCGAUCAGCAGCCCUACUGCCAACAUCAAGGAAAGCCUGUUGGGUUCUUGUCCCUACCAGAAGACGUGUUGCUCAAGAUCCUCUGCUUCCUCAAGCAUGACGAGCUGCGCCCCCUCAUGGCCGUCUGCACCCAGCUACGGAAGACGUUCAAGGAUGCCGUAGUGUUCCACUUCAACUUCACGACCCCAUACCGGCCCAGCAACGAGGAGAGCCUCCCCGGCCAGCCCCGGCCCCCCGUCCGCACUCGCAAGCGUUCGGCCACGAACCUGGCAGUGGUGCUGGCGCGGUUGGGGAGGAACAACCGCCACCUUGCCCCAGGGGCGCUGAACGUCUGUGGCCCACGCUCGACAGCCCCGCGAGCCCUGACCUUCCCGGACGCCGCGCCGCCUGGCGCCUAG